UUUAGCCAGUUAUCCUAGCCAUCCUAGAUCCUAGGUUAUGUUGUAAGAGAGCGAGAAAGAGAAUGCGUGCAGCACACAGAAGUCAGAGAGAAGACGAAGACUAGGAAGAUUUGAUAAAAAUUGAGGUUAUGUAUGUAUGAGGUUGGUUGUGAAACGAAAGGACAAGACGUUACUUGAAAUAUAAUAUAUUAUCGAAUAUUAUAUAUUAAGAAAAAGAACAACUCGAACGUUUUAUACCGCUAAAUUGACGAAAGAAGCAUGGAUUCUGAGUUCGAGGAACUUUCGCACGACACAAACAUACGUGCUAGACUGAAGCAGUUCAGUGAAGCAGCCUUCAAGAUCCAGGAUAUGGUGGAAUUGGCCAGCGAUCCUUCACUGUUCGAUAAACUUUCCAAGCCAGAUAAAAUUAAAUACAACUUGCUAUUAUCCUAUAGUCUCAAUAGUUUAUUCUGGAUGCACUUGAGAGCCGAAGGGAUCGAUCCAUCAAACCACCGAAUCAGAUCCGAAAAUGAGAGACUGAAGAGAGCGAUGGUACGAGCUAAACAAAUCAGCGAUAAGAAUACACUUAUGCCGCGGAUCAACAAAGAUGCUGCUAAAAGAUUUGUGAGAAAUAGCUUGUGGGAAUUGAAGCAAAAAAAACACAAGAGCACGGAGGAGAAAAUUGAAGAAUCUGAAAAAUCUCCAACUUUAUAAAUACUCUAUUAUAUGUAUAUUUUAUAUUUAUAUAAGAUCUAAACGUACUCCCUACAUAUGCGUUUCCUACCUUUUUGCUUUUAUUUGUUGCUACAAUUAAUAUUUUCAUAUGAUUAUUUAUUAAAGAAGUAAGGUUUA